GCCUCUGCACACUACUACAACCUCCACCACCACUCACACCUUGCCGAAGUACUUGUGGGUUUAGCAAUAAUAUUCAGCCUACAUUCACUUUCAGAUCACCAUCUCAACAACCUAACCCACCAUUCGGCCACAAAAUAACCAAAACUUUAUUAAGAGAUACUUUUUGUUGGGGUUUUCUGACUACACCACACGGUUGCACUUUGUCCUUGGUUCCUUCAACUUCUCAGUAGCAUGAAUCAAACAGACUAUCAGGCUGACUCAAAUAGAGGUUCUGCGAACUCACAAAACGCCUCGCCUUAUAGUCAGUAUCAAUGGCAACAGCAGCAACAACAACUGCAACCACAACAAGCCAAAGUCGUGACCCACGCGGCAUAUGAUCAUGAUGCUACCAAUGGCAGCGAUAUCCAAGAGACUUCCAAAUUGCUAUCUAAUGUUUUUACAAAUGCGACAAAAGGCACCUCUGUACCCAUGGGCUCAUAUUCAUCGCAGUCGUAUCAACAACAUAGCUUAGCUAAACAUCCUUCCAUGCCCAUGGCUAACCCAAGUGCGUUGUCAAUGUUUCAAGACACCUCUUUAUGGAACCCUCAAGAAUGGAUGAGUGAUGAUCAGAAGCAGGAUAGGAAUGGUCCAAUAGCAAGAUACCCAACGGAUGCUUCUGUUGACAGCAAAAGAAUGAAGUAUGCUGAUUGGGGCCGAUCAAGUCUGCUUUCCACGUCGUCUCAACAGCCGGGGGACGAGGAUCCAUCCCCUAUGACUAGCCGUGCUUCUUCGUAUCAGAUAUCAAAUGAUGUUAUCCAGAUGUUCCAUACUCCAUCUGUAUUGGGUCUUCAUGCCGAACAUGGCUCUCCCAGACGCCCUGUUGAAAGUGCUGCUACCGCAUCCCAUUAUUCGCAAGGGCCCAACGCUCCUUUACGAAUGCAAGUUGACAGUAACCCUUUUGUGGAUAUGCCGUACGAACCCAUAGCCAGCAACCUUUUGCAGACUAAUAGUACGACUCAAUCGUUGAAUGGUUCAAGCAACCCACAAUCACAGACACACAACCCCAAUGCUGGCUUUGCCAGUGUAUAUAUCGCGGAGGACAAUAGUCAAGACAUGCAAGGUCUGAAUAUGGCAGACACGUCCUACAUGUAUCCUGAUCACCAUCAAAAGGAUGAUCAUCAACAUAUGCAGACAUUUUCACCGGUUAGUGCUAAACCUGCCGGUAUUUUGCGGCAGCCCGACGUUUAUUCAUAUGGAAACCAGUAUCCAAGUCAGAAUGAUUUGGAGGAGCAGCAAAAGAAGCGGCGAAGGGAUUCAUUUGGAGGUAACCUUGGUAUGCCGAUUGACAGGCAAAGUAACAUUGUAAACGAUGAAGGACAGCUUGAGACAUCCUCAGCUAUGCCAAAACGGUUCAGACUCACGGUUCAAAACACAAUUCCCAACAUGAAUGCCGGUCCUCAUUAUGGUGGUAAUCCGUUAUACGGGAAUGCCAUGGAGGCUUCAGAUUCGAGAAUGCCACCCUAUGGAGUACAAGCACCUACUAGCACACCUCCUGUGGAUCAAGAAUUUGCAAACUACUCUCAGAACCAGCCGGCAUCACCCUCAUCCAACAAGCGGCUGCCAAAUAUCAAGCUAGUUAUAAAAGAGCCAAAGGUUGGUAAGGAGUUCAAGCCGGGCAAAGAGUCGAAAGCGCAUGAGGAUAUGGACGAUGAUGAUUUUUCGGAAACGCAUGUAGCGGAAACGACGGUUCGACAAACUUCUUCGGUUAAACCAGUCGCGACAGAAGCAUCCAUCAACCAAUGCUCGUUUGUAACGGACAAUGCUAUGCUGGACACCAUAUCUGUACGCAAGUGCAAUUACAUUCUGAAUCAAAUCUACUCGUCUGGAUGCUGUUUGCCCUUUGUUCUUCCUGUUCCCAAGGUUUUGGCUUUAUACCACAGUGUCAUUACCAAUCCAAGUGAUCUGUCAAGCGUUGAAAAUAGACUUUGGAACUCUGGCUACAGCUCAACGGACGAAUUUCAUCAUGACAUUGCGAUGAUCUGGAGGAAUGCUGAGGCGUUUCACAAGAAUGGCGGCGAUAUUGCAGAUAAGGCGCAACUACUGAAGCAAGUCUAUUUUGAUGCUCUUCAACAAUUGGAAGCUCAUAGCGGCACUACAUUGCAAUGGGAAUCCGAUUUACGUUUAAUUGCGGCCGAAGAACAACACUUUGACGUAAAUGUACCAGCACAGUUACAGACAGAUAACAAGAGCGUACUUUAUGUCAUCCGAGGUGUUGAUAUUGGCGAAAAGCCAAGGGCGCGAAGUUUCACCAAUUUGAUGGCAGAAGUUUUCGAUAUUCUCAAUGCAAGCUUUUACGAUACAAUCAAGGCCAUGAAGGAUAGAGAGGAUGGGGGUACGGUGGAAGUGAAUGAACUUCCGCUUCCACGACUGUUUAUCUCGAAGAAUCGUACUAUGUUGGAAUUUGCUGCAAGCGAUCCAAAGGCCGUCUUAACGGUCUUGAUCAACGCCACUGUCAAAAAAUGCACAGAACCCAACAAGAAAGGUCUAUACCAUGUACAAGCUGAUGCCGUUCUUGUACAUCCUCUUGGUAAUCGACAUGAUUUGGAUCAACUUCACUGGCCCGAAAAAAUUGCUCAGGCGGAAUAUGCUCCGAGAGCAUGGAUAAAGGUUAAGAUUCUGAAAAUCGUUCGAGGAUUUGAGGCGGACAUAACCGAGAAGAUGGAAAGAGAGAUCUUUAAGCGUCUAUAUACCACAACACGAUUAGCGCAUGACCCAAAAGAAAGUGCUAUCCACAACAAGAUUGCCAAAGUAUUCGUCAAAUCAGUGAUUGGAGCACCGCUGGACCCAGAAGAUAUCAUUGAUUAUGAAGCUGCUGCCAAGAACAAAAAUAUCAAAGUCGUAAAACCUGCUCCUGUUCAACCUACCAUCACUAAUAUAGACGCCUCGGUAGGGCAACCUGCAGUUGUUUCAGAAAAGAUCCAUGGAGCGGAAAGUCCCAGUGCAUCCAAACCAACACCAGAACAAAGCAAACAAAUGACUCCCAUCGAUGCACCCCUUCCUGGACAGACACAUACCCCAAUCACCCAAGAAGCAAUGCCUCAUGCAACUGAUAAUAUGGAUAUUCAGGAAGGGAAGAAGGAAGAUCGAGACGACGAUGAGGAGGGGCAAGGCAUGGACCAAGAUGACGAUCUAGAGUAUGAUUAUGAUGAGGACGAGGAUGGCUCAUAUUCCAGAGGUGGUGACGAUGAUUUGUCACAAGAGGUUGUCUCUGUAUCAAAGUCUAGAUCUCCAACGCCUUCUCGACCGGAAGAAGCGAUCACCUUCAUGAGAGUCAUUGAUAAUGAGAAUGAGGCUGCAGCCAAAGAAGAACAGCAAGUGGAGGACGAAAAGAUGCGCGCCGUCUACAGGCAACGGUCACAAGGAAUUUGGGAGAAACUAGUUUCCAUGUGCGAACAGAAUGAUAUUUCAGUCAUCGAUGUGAAGAAGUAUACGGAAAAUGUUAGCACAUUCCCCAACGCAGAAGGUUAUUUCAAGCAAGUGUAUUACGUCUCUAAUGACCCUACUGUGGUGGUCCAAACUUUCCGCCACAUGACCAUGUAUCAACGCAUCACCGAAUUAGUCUGCUUACUAAAAUUGCGUAACAAACGACAUAUUGGACAAAUGGUGGAAGUUCUCAAGGAGGACGAAGGUGAAGUGAUUGGACUUUCCAUGGUUCGAUAUCAACAAACCCUGAAAAAGUAUGCCCACGUGCAUUCCCAUCAUCGAUUGAGCGCGCACCAGAAGUACCAUGUCAUAUGGCAGAUGUUGCUGUCUAUGAAAGCCAUUCAUGACAUCGGAUUGGCUCACAGAGAUUUGUCAGAGGUGAACAUCAUGGUCAACGAGAUGCCUGAGGAAAAACUUGAGGAUGGUACGCUUCGACCUGAGCUAUUCUUGAUUGAUUUUGGAAAAGCCAUCUUCUGUGAACCUGAAGAUGUACGACAAUGGUGGUGCGAAGUCCCACGCAUGGAAGGUGACUACGAUGGUGAUGUUGUUCCCGAAACUCAGGAAGAAAUGGAAGCUUGGUGCGAUGCACUGCCUUGGGUCAAAGGCAAGCCAGAUCACGGAUAUAAAAUGUAUAGGUGUGGUAGUGUUCUAUGACAUGCUCCUCUAUUUUUGUAAUCCCAAAUAUUCAUGCUUGCUUUCUAGAUCUAUCCAAACCCUGCCUAAAACAAGAUCUGAUUCCGAAGUACUACCCUACAUGAUUC